AGUAUCGUACAUUUGACUACAAUAGUUCGCACAUUUGCCACACGAUACGCUCUUCUCCCAAGCUUUCUAUUUUAGAAAUGGACAGCAAUCUUCUCUUAUUUGCAAAACGAUAUAGAAAUUUUGCGAAGCGAUCCCUAACAGCGGCUCACUUGCUACAAUGUACACAAGCAACACUAUAGCGAAGUCUUAAAGUUUCAAAGAACCGCAACGAUUUGGAGAGGAAAACUGAGAGCUUACGUAUUGCGAAGACGAAAUUGGGAACAAUAGUUAAUUAUAUCUGUCGAAGUUUCUUUACGAUUUAUAAGUCGUUUUAAAUCAUGUCCGUGACCUUUGCUCAACGCGGUAGGCCGCCACCAAAUCCUGCCCAAAUACAGAAGAUGCUUGAUGAAAAUAGUCAGCUUAUACAAACAAUACAGGAAUAUCAAAGUAAAGGAAAACCACAAGAAUGUAUACAGUACCAACAAAUGCUGCAUCGCAAUUUAGUAUAUUUAGCAUCAAUUGCUGAUGCAAAUCAAAAUAUACAAGCAUUAUUACCGCCUCCGCAAGGAAUUCCUAAUGGUCCUCAACAUGGUAUGAUGAAUCCACAAGGUCUACCAAAUGCCCCUACAGGAACUAGUGGACCUGGAGGAGAGAUACCUCCAUCCAAUCAGCCAACAUUACCUAUGUCAAGUUUUAGCCAAGGACAACCAAUGUCACAAGGUGGAUAUCGUGGUCCUGUAAUGCCUGGACAAGGACCUGCUAUAAGUAGACCACCUACUGCACCUGGUCCACAGCAAUAUAGAGGACCCCAAGGUUAUCCUCAACAACCUUCACAACAAGGUUAUCCUGCUCAGUAUGCCAAUCAAAAUUCUGGAUCCAAUUAUCAAGGACCACAAGGAUCUGCAUACACCCCAGGACAACCAAAUCAGUAUGGACCACCAAAUACUUCACAACAACAAGGAUAUAGUACAUCCAACCAGCCAAACUAUGGACCUCCAACUACGGUAAAUAGUUAUGGUCCCCAACCGGGUGGAUAUCCACCACCGGGAAGCACGCAACCUCCUACGGGUUAUGGUCCACCGCCGCCGAAUCAGCAGGGCUAUCCUCCUUCUAAUCCUUCUCAACAAAAUUUCCCAUCAAGCGGUCAACAACAACAACCGGGACAGUAUGGUAGUCCUAGCCCACAGCCAAAUUAUCAACAACCACCAUCACAAGCUCCACCUCAGAAUGCAUAUGGAGGUGGUCAACCUGGCAAUUAUCCUCCUCCAUCAUCUCAAGCAUAUGCCAAUAAUGUUCCACCUCAGAAUUAUGCAGCUCCUCCCACCUCUAGUGCUCAGCCUCCACAACCUGGUUCUCAACAAAAUACUGGACCUCAGCCUAAUUAUGGUAACCAACCAAGUCCUGGUCCUGGUGCAACUCAGUAUGGUCCAGUUUCUACGUCUCCUCCGUUUAGUACUGCCUCUGCCAGUGGAAUCAAUACUUAUGCUCAAAGUAGCCAACCAACGAGUACACCGUCUGCUUCAACUCAAACUUAUCCACCGAGUAGUGGUCCACCGCCUACUUCGCAAGGCGGAAAUUAUGCUCCCCCAGGCCCUGCUCCAUCUGGCUAUCCAGUGCACCAAACGCCUCAUCCGACGUCGCAUCCACCGCAUCAACCGCCACAUCAGUCUCCGCAUCAACCUUCUCAUGCUCCCCAUCAACCACCUCAUCAACCAUCUCAUCAGUCUUCUCAUCAACCUCCUUCGCAUCAAUCGCCGCAUCAACCACAACAGUCUCAACAACAAUCUCAAACACCACCACAAUCACAACAACAAUCUCAGAGUCCUGCCCCAAGCGGAUUUCAACCACCAUCAGGACCUCCUCAAGGUCCUGCUCCACCACCGGGGCCACAACCGCAACCUGGCUACGGUCCAGCCACUACUCAGACAUAUGUGCCACCAACGCCUGGUGGUCAGCCACAGGUAUACACUCCUCAUCCUCCUCAGGGUGGUCAGCAUUAUGGACAUCCACAGUAUCCUCCUCAGAGUUAUCCACCACCACCAACAGGUCAAGGAUAUCCGCAAUAUCCACCGCGGCCACCUGGUGGUCACAUGCCUCCUCCACCUGGACCUCAGGGACCUCCACCACCAAAUCAGUACGGAGGUUAUGGAUACCAACCACCACCACAAUAAAGUAUAUGUUAAUGUAAAUUCGUAUAAUAAUCAAAUUUAAUAUAAAAACAAUUCAGUUGCAAAUUUGUAACAAAUGACAUAUAACAUCUUUACUUUAAGAAUUUAAUUCUAAAUAGCAUAUCGUCCAAUGUUAUAUAAUGAGGCAAAUAAUAGAAAAUUAUAUAUAAGGAAAAGUGCUGCUAAAAUUUCAUUAAAAUUAUCAUGAGGAAUUUCAUUACAAGAUACUUUAACAUUGAAAUGAUUUGUGUAAGUUGCAUCUUGUAUAUGCGUUUUAAUAUGUUCAAAAAGCUGCCUACUUCAAAAAUUUUAUUUAAUUAUGAAUAAUAAAGGUUUGGAAACAUCUUAAUUCUUAAGAUAUUAUCAUAAACUAUUUUAUUGUAAUAUUACAGUUUCAGUUUCAUGCAUUUGCGGUUCCAUAUUUAUAGAGAUGUAUGAUGCAAACUGUGCAUUUUUAUUAUUUAAUUUUAAUACAUAAACUUAUGCAUCAUUUAAAAAUCUGUGUAGCUUGGGAAUUUCGGUGUGCACAAUGCAGCAUAAACAUAUCUGUUACACCGAAAUAAAGUGUAUGAAACAAGA